UUCCAUCGUCCCACUGCAGCGAGCAAAGCCAACACUGGGCAACCCUCUAAAAUGUUUAUUUGGACCAGUGGCCGGAGCUCUACAUCUUACAGACAUGAUGAGAAAAGAAAUAUUUACCAAAAAAUCAGGGAUCAUGAUCUACUGGACAAAAGGAAAACAGUCACAGCCCUAAAAGCCGGAGAAGACCGGGCCAUACUCCUCGGGCUGGCCAUGAUGGUGUGCUCGAUCAUGAUGUACUUUCUCCUGGGAAUCACCCUGCUGCGGUCAUACAUGCAAAGUGUCUGGACAGAAGAGGCUCAGUGCUCGCUUCUCAAUGCAUCCAUCACAGAAACGUUCAACUGCUCAUUCAGCUGCGGUCCAGACUGCUGGAAAAUCUCUCAGUACCCCUGCCUCCAGGUGUACGUUAAUCUCACCUCUUCUGGCCAGAAGCUUCUGCUUUACCACACUGAGGAAACAAUGAAAAUUAAUUCUGAGUGUUCAUACAUACCCAAGUGCGGCAAGAAUUAUGAGGAAUCCAUGUCAAUGGUGAACGUCGUGAUGGAAAACUUCAGAAAAUACCAACGCUUCUCCUGCUUCUAUGACCCUGAGGGUGUUCAGAAGAAUGUGAUAUUAACCAAACUGUACAGCUCCAAUGUGCUGUUCCACUCUCUCUUCUGGCCCACCUGCAUGAUGAUCGGCGGGGUCGCCAUCGUUGCGAUGGUGAAGCUGACUCAAUACCUUUCCCUCCUCUGUGAGAGAAUCCAAAGGAUCAACAGAUAAAAGAAACAAACCCAAAAAACUUCUGAGAUUCAAUUACAAUGAAAAUACUGUUUUCUCAUUCUUCACCAAAGAACCUUAAGUUUGUAAUGUGCAAGUCUGUUAUAAGUUCCUUACUAUGUUCUUAUAAGUAGAGCAAUAAUGCAAAAGCUGUUCUAUAUGCAAACAUGAUGUUAUUAUUAUGCAGACAACUGAAAAAAAUACUGUUUUGUGUUGACCGUCUAUAUGAUCCUGUUUUAUGCUGAAACUAGUACUUUUUGUUUUCUACAGCCAAAAUAGGGCUCAGUGUGACCAUUUGUCAAGCUUUGUCAAUUGAUGUUUUUAAUGUAAAGGAUUCUGGGGAAAAUUCACCGCUGGACAAAGGGCAGUCGAUCACUUGUGCAUCACUGAGGUCUCAUCUCUGGAUCAGUCCAUUCAAUGGAUUUGUGGCUUUGCGCUUUUACUAUUGGUUACAAGGAGAAAAAAGGAAA